AUGAGGAAUGGACCCAACGCCCUCAUUGCAAGCCUGGCCCUGGGAGACUUGAUCUACAUCACCAUAGACAUACCCAUCAACGUUUAUAAGCUCUUGUGGAUGCGUUGGCCUUUUGCAGACUCCUCCUUGGGUUUAUUCCUGUGUAAACUCUUCCCCUUCCUGCAGAAAGCAUCAGUCGGGAUCACGGUCAUGAACCUGUGUGCUCUCAGUGUGGACAGAUACCGUGCGGUGGCGUCCUGGUCGCGCGUGCAGAGGACCGGCGUUCCUCUCCUCACUGCGGUGGAGAUUGUGGUGAUCUGGCUUCUGUCUGUGCUGCUGGCUGUUCCUGAGGCCGUGGGCUUCAACAUGGUCAACUUCGAGUACAGAAACAUCAGCAUGAAAACCUGUAUGCUGCAGCCCAGGGGCCCCUUCAUGUUGUUCUACAGUGACGUGAAGGACUGGUGGCUGUUUGGUUUUUACUUCUGCGUGCCGCUGCUUUGCUCCGCGCUCUUCUACACCCUUAUGACCUGUGAGAUGCUGCGGCAGAAAGGAACGCUCAAGAUCUCACUCAGCGAACAUCUUAAACAGAGCAAUCACAGCAUCAGCCCCUCACAGCACCAGCCCCUCACAGCACCAGCACCUCACAGCACCAGCCCCUCACAGCACCAGCACCUCACAGCACCAGCCCCUCACAGCACCAGCCCCUCACUGUGCCCCCACUGCAGGAGGACCCAGCCUUUGCGCAGAGAAGUGGCCAAGGCGGUCUUCAGUCUGGUGCUGAUCUUUGCUCUGUGCUGGUUCCCUCUGCACCUCAGUCGUCUGCUGAAGAAAACCAUUUACAAAUCCCACGACGAACACCGCUGUCAACUGCUGAAUUUCUUGUUGGUGAUGGAUUACCUCAGCCUCAACAUGGCAACAAUCAACUCCUGCAUCAACCCCAUCAUCCUUUACUUUGUGUCCAAGAAGUUUAAAAACUGCUUUAAGUCUUGUCUUUGCUGCUGGUGUCACUCCGGCUCCAUCAACACUCUGCCCGUCCACAGAGGAACCAGUCUGCAAUACAAGCCCUGA